AUGGUCCUGGGGCUCUUCUCCAUCAUCUUCAGCUUUAGCAGGAAACGCCAGUAUGCCUCCUGGAUGCUCCUGGUCAGCUUCCUGUUAGACAUGGCAGUCAGGGCAAUGACCAGCCACCUCAACAUCUGCUCCAAAUUGGGAGCUGAGCUGAAUGACUUUGCCAUCUUCACCACCUUCGGCCUGGCCUCCGCUCUGCUCCUAGGCGUGGACGGACUUCUGAGUGGGACCCUGGCCAUCAUCUAUGUGUCAGCUGCUUCUUUCCGCUUGUGCUUUUAUUCACCUGGAGUCCGCUCCACAUACAGGGGUCUACCCUGCCCGUAUGCGUCCUCCAUCUUGGCUUCCACCUCCCUUCUGACCAAAGGCAACACAUUCAUCCUCUGCUGCAUGGCCUCACUCAUGAUUCUCUUCAUGAUGGACCAGAGCUACUACCCACAUGACAAAAUCCUAGAGUCUGAGAACUGGAAAAAAUUGGUUUAUAUAGGAGGUGUCGUCAUGCUGUUUUUCUCCCCCUUGUCUCUGUCUGCUUGUUACUGCCUGGUAUGGUCGCUCUCAUACAUCUUCUUUCCAGAUGCUCUGUGGGGUAAAGCAGCCUGUCUUUCGUCACAGCACUGAGGAAGCUAAGCAGCUCUACCAGCUCGCACCGGCCUCUGUGGGGUUUGUGUCAGCAUGUUGGGUCAAGCCUUGUGUAGCUGCACUAAAGCUUUGCAUGUACCUGUGUUGUCAUAUACUAGAUACAUGGUAUGUCUGUGGCCAGGAAGCGAGAAACCCAAAGUAGGCUCAGUGGCCUUCGCUUCUUUCUCUUUAUUCAGGGUUCUGACUCCCUUGGAGACAAUACUUGUUUAUUUUGUUCAUGUCAUGUAGAACAGAAUGUG